CCCCGCGCCGCACCCGCUCUGACUCUGUUUUGUUUCCUCUCGUGCUCCCCUUCGCCGGCGGCUCCGCUACGCCGCGAGGCCCCCAAAACCCUAACCCUAAAUUUGGGGGACUGGGAACAAAAUAUAGGGGGAGGAAUCGAACCGGCGACUUGCGGUGGCGGCUGGAGCGAUGGCGGCGAAGAGGGAGAUCUCGAGCACCCUGAGGAACCUGAAGUUUAUGCAGCGCGGCGCGGCUGCGCAGAAAGUCGAGGAGAAGGCCAAGGUGGAGGUACAGGAAGAGGUGGUGACGGCGCCGAGUGGUGGCUUCAGCUCUUCAGCGCAGGUCGUUAGGAAGUGCGUAGUUAUCAUGGAGGGUAAUCCUCAUCCAGGAGCUAUAAAGGGUCGGAUGUCAUUCCAAAAUUUCAAUCCAUCUAUCGAUAAACUAAAUGAAGAGGCAAGAGGUGACCGUCAAACAGAAUCAGCUUCACCUAGUAACUCCAGCAGAGGGGAUGAAGUUCCAGCGUCGAGAUCUAGAGAUUUUGACAUUCCCAGUUCAGAAAGCAUAUCUAUGAAUGAACUGAAGAGGAAAGAGCCCGAACUUGAUAUGGAAACACCGGCAUCUUACAAGGAACCAAAAACCAAUGUUGACAGUAGGUCAUCUUCACAAAGCAAUGGUCGCGGAUCACACAAGUCCAACAAGCGUGAAAAGCUCGACUUCAAUCAUCUAAGACCAAAGAAAUAAAAAUGGUGUCUUGAGUUACCAUAACCAUGAGUAGCUCUUGUACUCUGUUUGUAGUUGUACCCAAUUGGCCAUCUGCCGUGUUUUGUCGAUUAUAUCUAGAGAGCUGGUAACCAUGCCUAUGUGGCAUGCAUGUUCUUAACUUAGUGAGAUUUUGUGGUGUUAAUCAUUAUCUUUCUAUUGAUGUGUUCUACUCCACUACUCUGCUGUAAGAUGUGAGGCUCUACUGUAGAGCAGUGAUGAAUACAGUUCUGCUUAUGUUUUAUGUCGCCCACAUUGUUGGUGGGGUGGUGAAUGGUGAUGUUCAAAACUGAGCUAUA